AUAGAGUCAUCUGGAUGAAAAUCUAAAUCAUCUUUCCGUAGUGAAAGCAGACGAUUUUACAUAGAUCCGAAACGUGUUUGAUCAGCUUUUGUGGAGUGAGAGAAUGCAAGUUAUUGGGGUUGACGGUCGUGUCAUUGGCUAUCUUUUUUGUUUUCUGAUACUGCAAGCGAAACUAACGAACUCAAGAACCUCUUGGAGGCUCAGUGCUGGCAAAGUCGUCAAAACAACAGACUUCGUGAGCACAGUUGAGGAUGAUCCUAUUCUCGAUAUCCUGGCGAGCAGCAUUAGUAUCGGAAAUGGACACAGUUGGAGUAGAACAGCUAUUUCUGAAAAAUACGAAAAGAUACAACCCUAUUGCCAAGAUUGUAAAAGUGUUGCUUCUGGAAACCAUGAACGACGAUUCUCGUCAUACGUGUUGAAGGAUACACCAAAUGCCACUGAAUCUUUCCCUCUAUCAUCUCAAGUGUCAAACGAGCAAGUCAUGUGCACUUCUGGUCAACAAUGUGAGGAUAUAAUUCUAGACUGUGGAAAGCCUGUCAAUUUCACUUAUUAUGACAACUUGCUUGGUGUUGCAAAUAGAGAUAAACAUCCAUUGAUUCCAGAACUUAAUGUAGUACUCAUGUUUAAGAAGGAUAGUGACAAAACUAUGGAUGUUGACAUUGAUCUGUUAGAGAAACGCUUAAUGAAAGCAAAAAGAGAGAAACCAAAAUCUGUCCAACUUUACAAUCAAAUAGGAAAUUUUUGGCGUAUAAAAGGUGAUGCACAAAAAUCAAUUGAAUGCUUUCGGAGAGCACUUGCUGUAUCACCACAUAAUGCAGAAGUUUUGUUAAAUUUAGCUCGAGUAUUAUUAGUUCAACAAUAUUUGGAUGAUGCAACAUAUUUAGCAAGACGUUCUUUGGAAUUACAACCUCCAGAUCGUAAUGCUUGGGAACAAUAUCUUACACUUGGUCAAAUAUUUAAGGCAUAUGGUCAUUAUCAAGAAGCAGCUGUACAUUUACGACAUGCUUUAGAAUUAAAACCAGACCUCUCUGAAGCAGCAGAAGCUUUAAGAGAGAUAGAGUCAAUUCCGGUUACAAGCAUACAUAUCUAUACAUUACUGAUAAUAAUAUGUCUGGUACUUGGAGUACUGUUAGUAGUUUUAAGCAGUGUAGAGUGUGAUGAAGAUUCUAGUCUAGUUAAUGGACAAUUUCAACGUCCAGUUCAACGUCACUUUAGUCGCGCUAUGGCUAUGCGCAGUUUACGACUUAAUGUUUCUCGUAAUAAACGUUGUUGAUUAUUUAAAAAAAAAAAAAUAAAUAACCUUGUGAUAGAAGAAAAUUUCAGCUACUAUUAUCAUUUAUCUAA